CGCGUCGCCUCUCGCGUGCCACCGCCCUCCCGCUCCCGCCUUUCUCUCUGCCACUCGCAACGAUGACCACCCCCGCUCAGAGCCAGAGCCAGACCCCCGUCAGCGGCGUCGCUACCCCGCCCAUCACUCAUGGCGUCGGGAACCCCUCUGGGACACCCGUGGUCGCGCCGACCCGUUCCAAGGACCCCACUAAGGAUAGCGCGAGCGGCAGCCUGGGCACCUUCGGUGUCAAGUCCGGCCUCGCCCAGAUGCUCAAGGGUGGCGUCAUCAUGGACGUCGUGAACGCCGAGCAGGCUCGCAUAGCCGAGGAGGCUGGCGCGUGCGCCGUCAUGGCCCUCGAAAGAGUGCCUGCGGACAUCCGCGCGCAGGGUGGCGUCGCUCGCAUGAGCGACCCUAAAAUGAUCAAGGAGAUCGUUGAUGCCGUCACCAUCCCUGUGAUGGCGAAAGUGCGCAUAGGACACUUUGUCGAGGCACAAAUCCUUCAGGCCAUUGGCAUCGACUACAUCGACGAGUCCGAGGUCCUGUCGCCUGCGGAUGAUGAACACCACAUCAACAAGCAUCCGUUCAAGGUGCCCUUUGUCUGUGGCGCGCGUAACCUCGGCGAGGCGCUACGUCGCAUUUCCGAGGGUGCUGCUUUCAUCCGUACCAAGGGUGAGGCAGGCACCGGUAACGUCGUCGAGGCGGUACGGCACCAGCGGUCGGUCAUGGGCGAGAUCCGAAAGGCGAGCGUUAUGAGCGAGGAAGAGCUCUAUGCCUAUGCCCGGGACAUCCAGGCGCCGUUCCACCUCUUGAAGGAGACCGCACGCCUCAAACGGCUGCCGGUCGUGAACUUCGCCGCCGGUGGUAUCGCAACCCCCGCGGAUGCUGCUCUCAUGAUGCAGCUUGGUUGCGAUGGAGUUUUCGUCGGCUCGGGCAUCUUCCAUUCUGGAGAUCCGGCAAAGAGGGCGCGCGCGAUCGUGCAGGCAGUUACUCACUUCAACAACCCGAAACUCCUGGCGGAGAUCUCGGAGGACAUCGGCGAGGCCAUGGUCGGGCUGACGAUCACCGACGAUAUGAAGGGCGGCAGACUCGCGAAGCGCGGGUGGUAAAUGUAUCAAUAAAGUUGGGUCCGGUACGUACGCCUCCCCGCAGCGCCGCCGAUGCAGACCCGCUCAAUCCGACCAGUGUAGAACAUGGAAAUAGAUAGACAUUAAACCAAAGACCCCGUGUAGCCCUCCAGUGUUGUACCAUCCUCCUACCCCCCGCAAUUGUAUAACC